AUGGCCGCACAUAGCAGAGGGCAUCCGGCCAUGAGGGAAAGGGGGUUCUCGCCGGCGGGGACCUCUCCAUAUUGGUGGAUCCGCCCCUGCGCCGGAUCGAUCCUCUUCCUGUCCCUCCUCUUCCUCUUCCUCUUUACCGCCGCCGCGGCGUCUGCGGCGGCGCCUGAGGAGGAGAAAUUCACGGAGGAGCUGCUCCUGCGGCCGCUCCCGGACCGCAAGGCACUGGCCUACUUCCACUUCCGCUCCUCUGCGCCCCCCGCUGCCUCCGUUGGUCGGCACCACCACCUCUUCCCCAAGGCCAUCUCCCAGCUGGUUAAAAAAUAUCAUAUUAGCGAGUUGGAGCUAUCAUUCACCCAGGGAAGAUGGAACUAUGAGCAGUGGGGUGGAUUUGAUCCUAUGUCAACUAAUAAUGCAAAGCCUCCUGGUGUUGAGCUUUGGGGAUUUAAAUUGAAUGAAGGCAAUUUGCGAUAUGGUGCAUUGCCUCGUGAAGCAGUAUGCACUGAGAAUCUGACACCUUGGUUGAAACUUCUUCCAUAUCGUGACAAAGCUGGGAUAGCUUCUUUGCUGUACAGGCCUUCAAUUUACAAAGGAUAUUACCAUUCGCAAAAACUGAAACUGAGAUCCUCCCAGUCACUUGGUAUUAUUCUUGAUCAAACUCUGACUGUUGUGCUCCAACCAAAUACUGUAAGUGGCGAACAGCUACAUUCCAAUCAUGGUCAACUUCAGCCCAACUGGUCCAUGAGACAUCUUUUCAACAGAAAGUUGUCAGGGAAAUGCCUUGUUUCUAAAUCCAGCAGAGUAUUCAUUGAGGUUGAUAAAGGCAUUGUUGACAAUGUUAACAAAUCUGGAAGUGAUCUUUCUUGGAGUAAUGAAUUCUUUGUAUUGUCUAAUAGCCCGGACAAGUUGAUCAAAGGUCAAAAUCACGUAGAAAUUCAAUCUUCUUUUUUAUAUGUAUACGAUGCUAGUAACUACACUGAGGAAAAACCUUUGGAUGUGGGCAUAACUUGGAAGCUUCCCCUCGUAUGGACUUGCACCCCAUCACCUUUUCAUGCAAGCAGAUUUCUUAUGGGCAGUGGAAAUGAAAGAGGGUCAAUUGCUCUGUCGUUUAUGUCCACUAAUCUUCAUAAGCAGAUAUCCGGCAGCCCAACUGAUUGUUCAAUAAAGGCAGUUAUUUUCCAGGUUGUUCCAUGGUAUGUUAAGGUCUAUUAUCACAGCCUAGAAAUAUUUAUAGAUGGGAGCAGGAAGACUGUGUCAGAAGUAGUUGACAAGAUUCAUGUCAUUCCUUCAGAAGACAAGCUUUUGCCUGGUACCCUGGAGAUGCUACUAAGAUUCCCUUGCAGUAUGCAGUCAGGAACUCUGACAUUGGAUUUUGACAGGGGAUUCCUGCAUAUAGAUGAAUAUCCUCCUGAUGCUAAUCAAGGAUUUGACAUUCCUUCAGCUUUGGUUAGCUUUCCUGAGUUCAGUUCUGCUCGAAGUUACCCUGAAAUUGAUCCAGUACUUGGAUCUCCUUUACUAGAAAAUUUCCAGGAAGAUAGUGUUGUGAAGUCGUAUACAGAAGUAUUGCUUGUUCCCCUGACAACUCCUGAUUUCAGCAUGCCAUACAAUGUCAUCACCUUCACAUGCACUGUCUUAGCUCUUUACUUUGGCUCAUUAUUGAAUGCUUUGAGACGAAGGAUUGGUGAGGAAGAGAGGGAGUUGAAGAAAACAGUGGUCAUACUGAAGAAGUGGCAACUCUUAGCAAGCAUCCUUUAUAGGAAAUUUGUUGAUGAAUUGUUCUAG